AUGCCUCACAACACAUCUUCUUCUGAAAACAUGCCCCAGCUCUCCGUGCCCAACAACCAUAUCCAGAUCGGCGGCAGAAAAUCAAAGUUGGCGGUUAUCCAGCUGGAAAUCGUCAAGGAGCAGAUCGAGCACUACCACCGCAACUUGACCUGCUCGGUGUUGGCGCUUCUGACGUUGGGGGACAAGAUCCAGAACAGACCGCUCUACUCGUUUGGUGGCAAGUCUCUUUGGACGAAAGAACUCGAGAUUUUGUUGUUGGAAGCCGUGGAUGAGUACCCCAAGUUGGACUUGAUUGUCCACUCGUUGAAGGACAUGCCCACAAACUUGCCUGACGAGUUCGAGUUGGGGUGUAUUUUGGAGCGUGAAGACCCCCGCGACGCUUUGAUUAUGAAGCUGGGGCUGUCGUACAAGCUGCUUGACGACUUGCCCCACGGCGCCGUGGUGGGCACUUCUUCCAUCAGGAGAUCGGCCCAGCUACUCAAAAACUACCCUCACUUGCGCUUUCAGGACGUUAGAGGUAACAUAUAUACCCGUCUUUCCAAACUCGACGACCCAGAGUCUCCUUAUGAAUGUCUUAUAUUGGCUGCCGCCGGUUUGAUCCGUCUUGGCUUGGAGAACCGUAUCACCGCCUGCUUAGACGCUCCUCAGAUGUACCAUGCGGUUGGGCAAGGUGCUUUGGGUGUCGAGAUCAGAAGAGACGAUUUGGUGAUGCAGCAGGUGUUGAGCAAAUUGGAGCACAAGGCUUCUUCCCUCCGGUGCACUGCUGAAAGAUCGCUAAUGCGUGUUUUGGAAGGCGGCUGCUCGGUUCCCUUGGGCGUGAGCACCAACUACAACGAAGAGACGCAAGAGCUCGAUUUCAAAGGCAUCAUUGUGAGCCCGAACGGCGAGCAGUAUGUUGAAGGCGAAAUCAAGGGUACUGUGAGAAACAAGGCCGAGGCUGAGCAGAUUGGCGAGAAGCUCGCCGAGAUCUUGGUGGCCAAAGGCGGCAGAGACAUCUUGAAGAGCAUCAACUACGAAAAAAUCAACCAAAGACCACUGAACGGCGGCAACGGCACUCCGGACGUGAGCACUAUUUAA